CUGAUAGGAAAGGGAGAAUCUAUUGAAAAACACCAAACACGGCCGCGAAAAUUGAGCUGUUUUGUAAUUUUUCUCACCCUCCGUAGGGAUUUUAUCGAUUAAAGCAUAGAAAAGGGACAACAGACUGCGUAGGGCAGUGCGAUAAGUUAUUAGACAUAAAGUGUUUAACCGUAGAACAUGACUGGACGUGGCCGUAAUCAAGGAACGAAACUCGAAACCACCAUCGAGCAGUGUCGCAGUGAAGGACGAUGGAAACGGGUGAUCGAGCUGGCCGAAGAGCUCAAAACGGGAUACCCGCAAGAAUGUCUUGCCAACUUUCUCACUGGCGAAGGGAAGUUGGAAAGCUACCUCGAGGAACAUCCACCGAUUGAGGAAAACUACUCCAAAGCAAAGCUGGGACUGUCCGAGGCGAAGCGCUAUCUUAAUUCCGUCACGGGGGAAAAUGGAAAGAAGGCUGGCUUUGCACUGGAUGCACAUUUGCUGCUAGCCAAGCUUUACUUUGCCUGUGGACAGUAUGAGGAGUCGCUGCAGAACUUUGUGCUGGCCGAGUUGAACACUCUAUCGGAGAAGCAUCUUUCAGCGAGAAGUAUACGAAUCCUUGCUGAAUCGUAUGCCAUCAAAGGCAUGUGCCUGGAGAAGAAAGGCUCAAAGGCACCGUCGAAAUUUAAGCAGGCGGAACAGGAAGCGGAAAUGAUCAAUUGCUUUGAAAAGGCUGCCGAUCUGGGCAUCCUCUACCUGCAGGGACAGGAUAGUACCAAUCAAGGUGAGGUACGUCGCAUGGGUGCAAUCCUCGAGACAGGCCUGCAGCAGGCACCGAUCGUGCUGAUAAAGGCGGGUAAGCUGCAGAAUGCCAUCGACCGUUAUCGCGUCAUGUUGAGUGCGGUCGAAACGAGGGCCACUCAAACGUUACGCCUUACACUUGCCCGCCAGCUGGCGGAAGUGCUGUUGCGCGGUGUAUCGGGCACCAUAUACACGCUUCCGACCAGCAACACACCAACACGCAGUGCGUCCGGCGGUAACAAGCGUCUCUGGGAACCGCGCAAAUAUUCCGGCCGGCAGCAAUUCAUCCCGAAGAACCAACACGAGGAAACGAUUCUGCUGCUGCUGAUUGCCGAAACGCUCGCCGUACGCGAUGCCGUUCUAUCGCAGUCGCCCGAGUUUCGUGACGCACGCGUACACUCCCUUGGCAAUGCGACGGCCAUUUACGAUCUGCUAACGUUGGCCACCGUACGAUGGAACCAGGUGGCACUGUUGCACGAUUCGCUCGAGAAGGCGCUGAAGUUUGCGUUCGGCGAGAGUCACGUGUGGAAACAGUACGCGACCUGUCUGAUGGCACUCGGCCGCUUCAAGCACGCGGUCUGCGCUCUGAAGGAACACUCCAACCUCGAACCGGGCGAUAGUAUGUCCUGCCUAAUGGCGGCACGCAUCUGCUACGAACAUUUGGAUCAGGUAAAGGAAGGUCUUGCUUUUGCCGAGGAAGCCCUGCGGAAGGAGCUCAAAGCCCCGGUGGGACGAAGGUCGCGCGCCCAGCUGUACGUUGGCAUUGGGCUACAACAGAUGGCUGUUUCGUCGAAUUUGGUAUCCGAGCGCGACCGGUACAAUCGGCUAGCGUUCGAAGCGCUCGAGCGUGCCGUCCAGCAGGACCCAAACGAUCAUCUGGUCGAGUACUAUUUGGCCUGCCAGCAUGCACACAACUUCAACAUUACGGAGGCACUGGUGCACAUCACGACGGCACUGUCGCUCCGGGCAGAGCAUGCUUCCAGCUUGCUGCUGUUCGCACUGCUACUGACGGCAAACCGACGUCCGAAGGAGGCGCUUGCCGUGGUGCAAGAUGCAGUCGAAGAGUUCCCGGACAAUUUGAAUCUGCUGCAUGUGAAGGCACAUCUGGAGCUGUAUCUGCGCGACGUCGAGACGGCCCUCGAGACGGUGCAGCAGAUGUUCUCCAUCUGGCGCGAGGUGUACGAGGUGCAGCUCGCGAACGCUGCCAACGAGCACGACAAUGAGAAGCAUUCGGACACGAGGAGCGUCAUCCAGAUGCAAUCGUCCCAAAUGUCCGACAAAGAUUCAAAUUCCAUUCACGCAGCAUCGUUGGCGGCAUCACGCAUUGAGCACGCGCUUAGCGAGGCGGCCAGCUCUCUUAGUUCAUUCAGUCCCCGACCCGGGCCACAGAAGGCUUGGAUGAUUCAGUUCAAAAUUUGGCUUCUGCUAGCGGACGUAUAUCUAGCGAUUGAACAGCCAAACGAAGCGAUCAACUGCAUCCAAGAGGCAAGCCUCAUCAAUCCUGUUUCGCAUCAGGUUAUGUAUAUGCGAGGCCAAAUUCACAUCUUCCAAUCCCAGUGGAAUGAAGCAAAGCAAUGCUUUCUUAACGCCGUCUCAGCAAACCCGUACCAUACGGACGCGUUGCGAGCGCUCGGUGAAGCACACCUAACGCUGGGUGAACCCCGACUGGCCGAAAAGACGCUAAAAGACGCGGCCAAAAUUGAUCCAAACUGUCCCAAAAUAUGGUUCCUGCUGGGACGUGUGAUGGAAAGUCUAGGAGAUUACACGGCUUCGGCUGAUUGCAUGGCAACGGCACUGCAGCUCGAACCGUACUGCCCGGUGUUGCCAUUUAAUGCGAUCGGACUCGUUUUCGACUAAACCUCAGUAAAGUUAAUCUGUGUGAAGAUUUUACCCUGCUCAAACCAGCUCACUCAACACCACCAGACCGCGGACACAAUUGUUCCGUGGAACGAAUGUUCAUCACCCGUAUCUAUAUGACUAUUCUUAUUGACCGUUAACUAAUUUUAGGAUCCAGAUAAUCAAACCAGUGCUGCUCACGCUCCUCCCCUACCGCAUCCUACCUGGUGUGCGUGCAUAAUUCAUAUCAGUUUUAGCAAACCCCUAAAGGUGUCGGUCUAUUUUAGAGCAAAAGUAUUAUGCCACAAUGUCUGUGUGUCAUUAUUGGGUAGCGGCACAGUAGGGGUAAACUCUCUUGGAUGCAUUUCAACCUUCUAGUUAUUAGUGUGAUGUUUCGUUACAUAUGUACGAUAAGGCACUCCAAUCCCAAUCUUUUCCCACUUCCCCCCAGAUAUUUUUGUUUUAUCACACUGUGAUUGUAUCGUUAUUCAUAAGUUUAGAUGUUUUGUUUACAACGGACACGUCUUUGAGACGAUUUAUGUAUUGUAGAGACCGUUGGUGGUAGUCAGUAUGCGGACAUGUAUAAACAGAACUGGUGUUAUUCUCUCUUCUACAAGCUCGGGAUCAUCAUCAUGAUGUAUUAUCAAUUGCAACGUUUAAGGAAAUGGAAACCAAAUAUACACAAUAAAGUUCGGACAAUGGUUAAAUG